AUGAGUAACUUGACUAGUAUUGAAGAGACUAUUAUCGAGCAUCUUAAGACCGAAGGUGCCUUAUACAGCUCAAGUAUCUCGGGCGAUUAUGUAACUGUUAUUGGAGUAGUUAAAAAGCUCGAAUCAUUUGGCCGCAUUAAAUGCACGCCAAUUAGACACAAGAUGCUUGCUUUGACUGAAGCAGGUGAGUUAGUUCAGCAGAGUAACUCGCCAGAGUAUCUAUUAUAUCUUGCUCUCAAAAAAGGAGUCGAAAUGUCUAAACUUGAUGCAUACUACCGGACUAAUCCUGUAUACCAAUCUAUGUCUGAUGCCGAGAUCAAAAAGCUUAUCAUGGUUGGCCGUAACAACGGGAUUAAAUCUGGACUUUUCAAAGUUAGUGGUGAUUCGUUAGUUAUUGCGACUGAGCAGAAUGAAGAUACUAUCAAGAAGAGCCUGGCCAAUUUAACAACUUUAGAUAGUGCCCAGAUUGAGAUCUUGAAGAAAAGAAAGAUGAUUGUUCAAAAAGAUACAACCCACUAUCGUAUUGAGAAAGGCGAAAGUUUUAAUGUCACAGACCAACUCAUUAGUGAUAUUACUUCAGAUAUGCUGCACAAUCUUAACAUCUCACAGGGCUUAAAGAAGUACAACUUUGAUAUUGUGCCCAAUCUGGUUAAGUAUUCCGGUGCUUUGCAUCCUUUGUCCUUGGAGAGAGAGCGAGUUAAGAGUAUCUUCUUGCAGAUGGGCUUUGAAGAGAUGAAUGCUGGGAAGUACGUGGAGUCUUCUUUCUGGAACUUUGAUGCUCUUUUCCAGCCACAGCGCCAUCCGUCGCGGAAUGAGCAGGAUACCUUCUUUUUAGAGAACCCAAGCACAGCCCAGGAUCCAGAUAGUGAGUACUUGCGCCGGGUGGAGGCCGUACAUACGGUUGGAGCUUACGGCUCAAUUGGUCAUCAAGCCCCUUGGAGCUUAGAGGAGUCCAGAAAGAACGUGCUAAGAACUCAUACAACAGCAGUUACGACCCGUUUAUUAUACCAGCUGGCUAAAGAGGGCCGCUUAUCAGGUAAGUUUUUCUCGAUCGAUCGGGUCUUCCGGAAUGAGUCCCUGGAUGCCACUCAUUUAGCCGAAUUUCAUCAGGUGGAAGGAAUUGUGAUUGGCGAGCACCUAACGAUUGCCCAUCUAAUGGGAUUCUUAGAGGCCUUUUUCAAAAGUUUUGGUAUUGAUAAGAUCAAAUUCAAGCCGGCCUUCAAUCCCUACACCGAGCCUAGUGUAGAAGUCUUUGCCUAUCACGAAGAGAUGAAAAAGUGGAUGGAGAUAGGUAACUCCGGAAUGUUUAGGCCAGAAAUGCUUCUGCCCAUGGGACUGCCUGCUAAUGUACGAGUGAUCGGCUGGGGCCUAUCACUAGAACGGCCAGUGAUGAUUUUCAGACAAAUGAAUAACAUCAGAGAGUUAGUUGGUCAUAAGGUAGAUUUAGCCUUUAUUAGAAAUGGCUUAGCGAAGGGUAACGCCAAAUGA